AUGUCUUUGAGUACCACAGCACAAUCGUAUGAACUUGGUAGCGCCAGUACAGUCGUGAAGAAAUCAACACGAAGAUCACAAUCAACUUAUUACCGCAAGAUCGCGAUCAUCUUGUGGGUAGUUUCAUUUGUCCUACUGAUCAUUUCAGUUGUAUUUAUCACAUUGUAUGUCCUGAAGGUGACGUCUCAAAAAAGUGACGACGAUCAGGCUACAGCAAAGCCUAGUACAGACAUCGACAAAUGCAGUGCCGAUGUUUCGGUUUGUGAUGUCAACGCCGUCUGUCAGAAUACUUUUGGUUCUUACAUUUGCUCCUGUAAAGCUGGAUUUACUGGAGAUGGGAAAAAUUGCACUGAUAUAGACGAGUGCGAGAGCAAUCCUUGUCAUAAUAGUGGUACCUGCACUGACCGUGUAAAUGAAUUUAUCUGCAACUGUCGUGUUGGAUUCCAUGGGAGCCGCUGUGAAACAAGUAUUACAAUCAACUCAGCACUGAUAUCAGACAAUGAGGUAUAUGUCGGUCAUCUAGGCCAGUUCCUUGCACCGGUUGUUGGAGAGCCUUCUCAGUGGGUGCUUUGUUACCGCGCCUCCACUCACGGCUGGGCUGUCAGCACAUUCCACAGCAGAUGUGACGGCAAAAAUAACACGGUUACCAUCAUCAAAAACGGACAGUAUGUGUUUGGAGGAUACACCGACAUUCCUUGGGAAUCUAGUGGUGGAUUCAACUACACUUCCAAGGCGUUCAUCUAUUCUUUACGCAAUAAAGAAGACUUGAGGCCAUUCAAGAGCAUGGUGACUGAUCCAUCCACAGCAAUUUACAGGGACUCGGAUAAUGGUCCAUCUUUUGGUUGGUGUGACAUUUGCAUAGAAAACAAUGCAAACAAUAACACGGAUUCACGCACAAACUUUGGCGACUCCUACUCUACUCCAAGUGGCGUACAAAACGAGCUCACAAUUCUGGCCGGGACCAGGUUAUUCUCACCUGACGACUGGGAGGUAUUCUAUCUUGGUUGACUAAACGUUUGACUCAACCGCACUGUUCAUUGUUGAUUGUAAAUAUGUAACCUUUGACAACUUAUUUUCUGUUUUUCUGUUUUAAAUCUCGAUCCAACAUGACACCAGUUCCAUGUUAAGGUAAACGAGGGGGAAAUAGAUUAAUGCAUAUUGUGAGACGCACAACAUUAUUCUU